UUGCGUGGCAUUCAGUUCUGUGAUCGAGAAUUUCCAUUAGACUUAUUCGGUCCUGAAUUACAAUACAAGAAAAGUUAUUGAUAAUUUGGAGAAUUUAAUGAUCUGCUUUUACUGCUGACCGGCAGGUCCUGUCAAACCACAUCGUUUUAAAUAUUUGCGUAAAAUAAAAAAUUAUCAAUAUGGGGUUGACAAUUUCCAGCGUCCUGACCCGCCUUUUUGGCAAAAAGCAGAUGCGUAUUUUGAUGGUUGGUUUAGAUGCUGCAGGAAAAACUACAAUCCUUUACAAAUUAAAGUUGGGUGAAGUUGUUACUACUAUACCUACUAUUGGAUUUAAUGUUGAAACAGUAGAAUACAAAAAUAUUAGUUUCACAGUAUGGGACGUAGGUGGUCAAAAUAAAAUAAGAAAAUUAUGGAGACACUAUUACCAAAAUACCGAUGGCUUGAUAUUCGUUAUCGACUCUAAUGAUAAAGAGCGAAUAACAGAAGCUUCAACAGAACUAAACAAUAUUUUAGAAGAUGAUUACCUCAAAGAAGCAGCUUUAUUGAUAUUUGCCAAUAAACAAGACUUGCCAAAUGCAAUGUCUGCUGCUGAAUUAACAGAUAAAUUGGGUUUGAAUCAACUCAGUAAUCGAUCAUGGUAUAUUCAAGCUACAUGUGCAACGCAAGGAAAUGGUCUUUAUGAAGGUCUUGAUUGGUUAUCGAAUGAACUGGCAAAUAAAUAAUACUGUUAAUUAGAUAUGUAAAAUUUGUUUUAACGUUACUAUGAGUUACUCAUAAUAUUUUCUUUAGUUUAACAGUAACUCUGUGAUUUAUAUGGAAGUGACUGAAUAAAAUUUUUUGAGAUACAUUUA